GAAUUAGAAAUGGUGAAAUGGAAAGGGAAAAUUUUCCAUAGAGCAGAGAGAGAAAGGACAAGAGAGGCUGCAACAAAGCAAUCUCUCUUUCUUGGAUCUCUGAAACAACACAACACAUAGACAUUCAAAUUCUGUCAUCAUAACAAUCAAUCUAUCCCUUUCCUCUUACUCAUCCUUCUCCUCCUCUUUUCUUCUUGUACCAGAUUAUUAUUAUUAGUUUUUUUUCCUCUGAAUGCAUGCCAUGAGUCAACUUCGAGCUGUUUCAGCCCCAGAAUUAAUACCUCCUUCUUCGAGCAGCAUUUCACAGCCAGGCGAAAAUGGUGUUGGUUUAGAAGGUGUUGCCACCAAUGUCAAGCUGUUGCUGAAAUUAAUUCAAGAUCACAGUGUGUGUAACUCAAAAGAUAAUUUAGAGAGAAAACAUCAUAGGGUGGCUGGAAUGAUUUCUAUCAUAGAUGAAGUUAAGAACAGGAUUCAGAAGAUUCAAACAACUUCAAAGCGAAGAGCUGAACUCAGACGGUGCAACACCGAUGUUAAGCCUAAUAUUCCAAGUCCAAGGGACAAGAAAGCCCCUGAACUCAUAACAGAUGAGAAAGAAAGACUAAGGAGAGAGCUUCAUGCAAGCUUGAUAGCAAGACAGAGCAUUCAAGCCAUAUGUUCAAGUUUGGGAAAAGAGAAACAAAUCAUGGCAUCAGAACUUGCAAGGAAGGCUCAAGAAUUGUCGGAAAUGGAGGACUAUAUUAUUGAUCUAAAAGAUCAGAACCACAUGUUAAUGGAGAAGUUGCGCUCCUGCAGCUUAGAACACAAGGAGAGGAGUAGUGAAAAGGAAAUUCAAGGCAACAUGGCACUGCAAGAGAGAAACAAGGAACUCAAAGAGCAACUCAUAAGGUUAAAUGAUUAUUUUCAAUCUCUGAGGAAAAAAUUCCAAGCAACAGAAGAGGAGAACACGCAGAUUCUCGAUACAAUGGAGGAAAUGGAGGUGGAAGUUCAAGCAGGCAUUAACAAGAUGCAUGGCUUCAAGGAAAAAUUGGCAACAAAUGGAGAAGACAAACUCAAUGUCAAAGAGGAAAUUUCAGCUUUAGAGCACAUGCUUAAAUCUCUCAGCUUGAAAAUUUCAAAACAUAGGCAAAAGCAAACUUGGGACCAUUAAUACAAAAACUCAACAUGUACUAGGUAGAGGCGGAGAUAAGAGGUGAGCUUGAAAUCAUUAUUCACUCUUCGCCUUCCUCGUUACUCAUCUUCAGUUCUAGAAAGCAUGCUUAGAUCUUGAAAAGAAAAAGGAGCCAUGGAUUAAAUAGUUUGCCUCUAAUAAUAGUUCGUAUUAUGAGGGUGAGGAGAUGAGUCAAAGUAGAGGAGAUUAGUAGCCUUGCACAUAUUCCUAAAACUUCAGCUUUUUGUGUGUCCAAUGGCACAAGAGUUGUGUAUUCCGGAUCGUUUCCUUUCCUUUGAACUCUGCCCGCAGACCCAAACCCAAGCUUUGUUCAAUUCAUGUUUCACCAGGAAAAGAAAAUUCGAGGACCUCAUGUGGUAGUUUAAUCAUGUAAUUGAUAAUUGCAAAGCUAUGUAUGUAAUAACUAUCAAUGAUGUAUAUCUCCAUAUGCUUUUGUUACAAGUA